CCUGCCAAUGCAGGAGACCUAAGAAAUGUGGAUUUGAUCCCUGGGUCGGGAAGAUCCCCUGGAAGAGGGCAUGGCAACCCACUCCCUUAUUCUUGCCCGGGGAAUCCCAUGGACAGAGGAGCCUGGCGGGCUAUCUAUAGUCCACAGGGUCACACAGAGUUGGACACGACUGAAACAACUCAGCACACAUGCACAUGCCCCCGCUUUACUGAAGGGAAAACUGAGGUUCACGGAGGUUAACCAGCAACGCACGAAAGAGGAACGCGGGCCUGUCUGCCCUACGGCCUGGAGAAGGAAGACUUCAGCUAGGAGACUCUGCCCGGGCUGCGUCACUUGUCCCUCUCCUCCCCCCGCCCCACCCCCGCUACAGCCACCAGCAUCCCGUCCUGUCUCCCUGUAGCAGUGGGCGGCCUGGGGAAAUCCUCCCCCAACUCUGACAAACGAACUGACACACGGGCCCCAGGUCACGACCUCCCCUGAUUUGUGGCAUUAAGGACUCAGUUUCAAGGCCAGGGGUCCUUCAGCUCCAGAAAGCCCCCAAAGACCCUCCUGGGGUCAGAGCUCAACAGCUUUUGGGGAAAAACCAGCCACCCUGUACAGGCUGCGUCCCCACGUGCUGCCUGAGAGGGGCUGACGGGCAGAGGGCUGGCCCAGCGGCUGUUUGUCUGGGUGGAGCCUGUCGUCACACGGCUUAUCUGCCUCCGGCGGGCCCCUCUGUGCCUCCCUAAGCCUCUGUGUUUGCUGUCACCUCACUGCUUCCAGCCCCUCUGCUUUGCCCCAGGGCCCUGCUGCCCUGCGCCCUGCUCCCAGAGGAAGCCGGAGUCAGCCGAGGCCACCGACCCACCACUAGAGCCAUGGUCCACGGGUACAAGGGGGUCAAAUUCCAAAACUGGGCGAGGACCUAUGGCUGUUGCCCGGAGAUGUACUUUCAGCCCACAUCCGUGGAGGAGAUCAGAGAGGUGCUGGCCCUGGCCAGGCAGCAGAACAAGCGGGUGAAGGUGGUGGGCGGUGGCCACUCACCCUCAGACAUCGCCUGCACUGACGGCUUCAUGAUCCACAUGGGCAAGAUGAACCACGUGCUCAAGGUGGACACAGAGAAGAAGCAGGUGACCGUGGAGGCCGGCAUCCUCCUGGCUGACCUGCACCCACAGCUGGACAAGCAUGGCCUGGCUUUGUCCAACCUGGGAGCUGUGUCAGACGUGACCGCAGGUGGCGUCAUCGGGUCUGGAACCCACAACACGGGGAUCAAGCACGGCAUCCUGGCCACACAAGUGGUGGCGCUGACCCUGCUGAUGGCCGACGGGACCAUUCUCGAGUGUUCCGAGUCCAGCAACGCAGAGGUGUUCCAGGCCGCGCGCGUGCACCUGGGCUGCCUCGGAGUCAUCCUCACAGUCACAUUGCAGUGUGUGCCCCAGUUCCACCUGCAGGAGACCACCUUCCCCUCAACCUUGAAAGAGGUUCUUGACAACCUGGACAGUCACCUGAAGAAAUCUGAAUACUUCCGCUUUCUCUGGUUCCCACACAGCGAGAACGUCAGUGUAAUCUACCAGGACCACACCAACAAGCCGCCCUCCUCUUCAGCCAACUGGUUCUGGGACUACGCUAUUGGAUUCUACUUACUGGAGUUCCUACUCUGGAUCAGCACCUUCUUGCCAGGCCUUGUGGGCUGGAUCAAUCGCUUUUUCUUCUGGCUCCUGUUUAACGGGAAGAAGGAAAACUGCAACCUCAGCCACAAGAUCUUCACCUACGAGUGCCGCUUCAAGCAGCAUGUCCAGGACUGGGCCAUCCCCAGAGAGAAGACCAAAGAGGCCCUGCUGGAGCUGAAGGCCAUGCUGGAGGCGAACCCCAAGGUGGUGGCCCACUACCCCGUGGAAGUCCGCUUCACUCGCGGGGACGACAUCCUGCUGAGCCCCUGCUUCCAGCGCGACAGCUGCUACAUGAACAUCAUCAUGUACAGGCCCUAUGGUAAGGACGUGCCGCGGCUGGACUACUGGCUGGCCUACGAGACCAUCAUGAAGAAGGUGGGAGGCAGGCCCCACUGGGCCAAGGCCCACAACUGCACCCGGAAGGACUUUGAGAAAAUGUACCCAGCCUUCAAGAGGUUCUGUGCCAUCCGAGAAAAGCUGGACCCCACGGGGAUGUUCCUGAACGCCUAUCUGGAGAAGGUGUUCUACUGAAGCACAAACAGAAAACAAGCCUAGCCCACCUCAUCCCACCUCCAGGCCCACCUCCCACAGGGUUGAAGGCUCGUCCCACUGUCCUGUUGGGGAACAGACAUCUCCCCUGGGGCCCUCUGCCAGGACACCCACAGCUGCUCUGACCCACAGCAAGGAACCUGGGUCUGGGCAUCCCCUAACUCCUUCAUCCUCGCAGCACCCCGUGUAAGAAAGAGCACCAAAUUCCUUUACCUCUCCAGCAGCAUCCUCUUAGCCCAAGCCUGCGGUCACCACAUCCCGUUCCCAGGAGACAGAGAAGCCCCCAAAUGUUCUGCAUGUCUAGGAGGACUCGGCCAUUCUCACAUUCCACCCGCCCUGCCCACCCUCCUAGGGAGGAGUCCCACCAGCAUACGUUUAGACACAGAGGUCGUGUGUGCUAUGCUCUGCUUCCUUUCACCCUCAAGGGUCUUUAAGAUGCUCAGAGACAUGUGCCCUGUCCUGGGACUGUCCUCUUCCAGGGGGUCCACUAGUCCGCCUGACCGCCCACAGCCCAACCUGCAGCAUGUCUAUUCCAGGGAUGUUUGGAAAGGGGGACUUUCCUUGCCUUCUUUUUAAUAAAGGCCAAGGGUUCAUUUA